UCCGCCAUUAAAAGUCAUGAAACGUUGCGCCAUCAGUGAAAGAAUAGCUUUGUUUUUCCUUGAAGACACGUGCUUAUGGUGACAACAAACGGUUUACAGUUUUGUACCAGCUAUUGUGUCGUUCUCUAGAGGCAUUUUCCGCAUUGGACUCCUCUUAUCUGUUCGUCGAUACCGCAUUUGUUGUUAGCUGCCGUGGGUGUGCGGUGGACCCGUGGUCGGCGCCCUUGCAAUCGUGGAAAGGAUUAGAAAUGUACGCCAAAGGGAAGGGAUCAGCCGUCCCUUCCGACGCACAAGCGAGAGAAAAGUUAGCGCUGUACGUUUAUGAAUACUUGUUACAUGUUGGAGCUCAGAAGGCAGCACAAACGUUUUUAUCAGAGAUCCGGUGGGAGAAGAACAUCACGCUGGGCGAGCCGCCCGGGUUCCUGCACUCCUGGUGGUGUGUAUUCUGGGACCUGUACUGCGCGGCACCGGAGCGGAGGGAAACGUGCGACCACUCAAGCGAAGCGAAGGCGUUCCACGACUAUGGUUUCGUGAACGCCGGCGGUUACGGUGUUAAUGGUAUCGGCCACAGCGCGGGCGCGGCGCCGUCGCCACUGGGUCAGAUGCCGCCCGGCGAGCUGCAGGGUGCCAUGCCUCCCGGUUUCUUCCCGAACUCCAACAUGCGGCCGUCGCCGCAGUCUCACCCGUCGUCACAGUCGUCACCGCACGCGCCGCCCGGCCAGCCGGUGCCGCACGGCACCAUGAUCGCGUCACAGUACAUGUCUCCUCGGUUUCCUGGCGGGCCCCGGCCGGGUGUGAGAAUGCCCGGCAACAUGGCGGAGUUUAACGGGCCGCCGGGCCAGCCGAUGAUGCCCUCCAGUAUGGACCCGACGCGGCCAGGCGGAGACGGCGAGUAUUUAGGUUGGCAAGGAGGUCCACCGGGUAUGGGACCUCGCAUGGUGGGCCCGCGGGGCCCGAUGGGCCCGGGCAUGGGUCCGAUGGGUCCGGGCAUGCAGGCGUACGGUCCGCCGGGCAUGCGGGGCCCGCCACCGAACGCGCUGGGGCCGGGCCCCGGCCAGGUGCCGAUGUCGAUGGCUGGUCCCGGCGCGCCCCACAGACCCCACUGGCCGCACGGCUCGUCGGUGCCGCCGGGGGUACCGCCCGGGCCCGGCACGCCCAUCAUGCCCAGCCCACAAGACCACGGCCCGGCCGGCGACCCCAUGUACGGCAUGAUGAAGCCCGUGCCCGGCGGCGCGCCCUCCAUGCACGGCGAGUACCCGAUGACGAGUAUGCCGGACGGUCCGCACCCGCCCGUGAUGAACGGCGAGAUGGACGGCAUGAAGAGCUCGCCGGCCAACGGGCCGGGCACGCCACGCGACGACGGCAACAACGGCGCCCUGCAGGAGUACAGCAUCGCCAACUACGCCGGACCGCCCGAGAGCAAUGACUCGAACGAGUCGGCGGCGAUACUCAAAAUCAAGGAGAGCAUGCAAGAGGAGGCCAAGCGGUUCGAGAAAGAGGGCGACCAACCCGACUACGGCGGCUUCAUGCAAUAGCCGGCCCGCGGCAGGCCCCAGACUGCAGUAUUGCCAGUCCGCCCGCCGGCCGCUGCCGCCGCCGCCGCCG